AUGGCGGCCGUGGUGGGCCACGGGAUCGCCGAGGGCGGCGGCGGCCGCGGGUUCCUGGGCCCGCGGGUGCCCGCCGAGGUGGAGGCCAUGGCCCGGGCCCUGCAGGACCUGGGCAAGGACACGUUCCGGCGGCUACUCAAAGUCACCGUUAAUGCACUGGAAGGAAAAGACUGCAAGGAAUCUGUCAAGCUGAUUGCAGAGAGUGCUAAUCUCUCAGAAGAGCAACUUGCUUUCCUCAUUUCUGGCAUGUAUACCCUUCUCCGAGAGGCGUUGAGACUCCCCAUAUCAACCUUCAAACAAGAAGCUUUUAAGGAAGACUUGAAGGAGCUCAGGAUACCAGAAGAUUUCAUUGUGGACUUUUCCAGUGUAGUCUUUGGUAACAGGCGUCCUGCUUCCGAAGGCACAGCUCUGCUACAAAGAAGUAGGCUACCAGCUAUCCAGGACUUCAAGUGGAGAGUGGACGUAGCAAUAUCCACAAGCUCACUGGCCCGUGCACUUCAACCAUCCAUUCUGAUGAUGAUGAAGCUUUCAGAUGGGACAGCUCAUCGCUUUGAAGUGCCAGUUGCAAAGUUUCAAGAAUUGAGAUACAAUGUUGCCCUUAUACUGAAGGAAAUGAAUGAUUUGGAGAAGAGGAGCAUACUGAAGAUCCAAGACUGAACACUUUUAAAUUGGGAGUUUAUGGAAGAGACCUGGGACCCUCAGCGUGUUUUGUGAAUGAUAGAGCAGGGGAUCAUCACCACUUUGCCUGUAUGAACUUCAAUGUGACAUUUAUGAUGUCUGCUGUAAAUAUUUUUUUCAAUUCAAGUGUUUAAAAGCACAAGCUCUUUUUGUAAGACUUAGGAAAACCAAAAAAUGUAUCUGUGAAAAAGUAUAAUGCUGUUUGCGAGCAUUUUGCAUGAUUCAUCAAAACAUUUUUUAAAUAACUGUCUUAAUAGAUGUAAGAGUCAUUUAUUUCUGAUUAUGAUUCAUCACUUUAAUUAUUUUUGAAAGUCUGCUACCGGAAGCCCCAGCAAUGUGUAUGUAUCACAAGAAAGCUCUGCAAUACUUCAAAUAAAAAAUAAAAUAACAACCCCA